ACGUUCCGCGUCUGCUCCCACUUCCGGGCAACACUUCCCACCUCCCGCAGUUGGUGGAGAGAUAGUCUCGCUAGUCUUGCGGCCCCACGCUCGUUUCCGUCUAGCAUCCCGACAGUCGCGAGACAUGGCUCCAUUGGGCAACACGACUGCCCCACUACAGGAACGUCCAUCACAGUCAGACCGCGGGUUCGAAAAGGUGGUCGACUAUGACAUCUCUUCCUUAGCUUUGGCUUUCGUUCCGUUUCCCUUCAACGCCGGCGGUCUGCAUUACACAAUGGACGCGCCUGACCUCCGUCGUUUCUCUACUAGCGGUGAGGAGCGAUCGCGCUUACUGAUGGCCCGCGACAAUGCCACGAAACAACAACAAUACGGCACAAUUGCAGACCCAGCGCAAUUGGAAGGCCUGCUGGGUCAAGAUGGGACGGUGGAAGAGAUAGGCACGACGGCGGGGCAGGAAGCGAGGUUGCUUUUCAAGUACAGCGUUCCGCUUCUGCUCACGUAUUUGAUGCAAUACUCCUUCAGUCUGGUGACGGUCUUUGUUGUUGGACAUAUUGGGACGGAUGAGCUCGCUGCCGUCAGUCUGGCGACGAUGACAGCGAAUAUCACGGGAUUGGCUGUGUACGAGGGCCUGGCUACCAGCUUGGAUACUCUCUGCGCGCAGGCCUAUGGGUCUGGGAAACGAGAACUCGUAGGACUGCAUUUACAGCGCAUGAUUCUUUUUGUCUUGCUGGUCACCAUACCGAUUGGAUGCCUUUGGCUGAGUUCGGGCUGGAUACUGGCUGCCCUUGUCCCGGAGAAAGAGCUGGCACAUAUCGCUGGGCGGUACUUGUCUCUACUCCUUGCCGGCGCACCGGGAUACGCCAUUUUUGAAGCUGGAAAACGCUUCACCCAGGCGCAGGGCCUGUUCAACGCAUCGCUGUUCGUUCUCAUUAUCGCUAUGCCCAUCAAUAUCCUGCUGAACUAUCUGUUCGUUUUCGUCCUGCAGUGGGAUCUCGAAGGCGCGGCGCUGGCAACAGUCAUUUCCAACAACCUCCUACCCUUCCUUCUGUGGGUUUACGUGUACUUUGUCAACCCGAGCUCGCUUGAAUGCUGGGGCGGGUUCUCGCGCGCGGUCUUCACGAACUGGGGGCCUAUGGUCCAACUAGCAGUCCCCGGAAUCAUCAUGUGCGAGACGGAGUGGCUAGCCUUUGACAUCCUAACCUUCUCGACGAGCUAUAUCAGCACCGUCCAUCUGGCAGCACAGAGCGUCGUAAUGACACUAGGCGUAGCCAUAUACCACGUCCCCUUCUCCGUCGGCGUAGCCGUCAGCACACGCCUUGGAAACCUCAUCGGCGCCGGGUCUCUCACCGCAGCUCGCACAGCAACGCGCACAUAUAUCCUAACCUUCCUCGCAAUCGGCCUCAUCGACUUCACCCUCCUAACAGCUCUGCGCAACGUCCUCCCCAGAGCCUUCAGCACCGACCCAGAAGUCAUAUCCAUCGUAUCCAAAGUGCUCCCCCUCCUCGCCGUCUUCCAAUUCUGCGACUCGACAACCGCGCUCGCAAACGCUGUGCUGCGCGGCCUCGGCAGGCAGGCUAUCGGCGGCUGGUGCAAUUUGGUCGUCUACUAUGUUAUUGCUGUGCCGCUGGCGCUCUUUUUGUGCUUCCCGCUGGAUUUGAAACUCGUGGGGCUUUGGGCGGGGUGUGCGGUUGGGAGUAGCUUUAUUAGUGUUACGGAGGGGGUUUAUAUUAAGUUUUAUGAUUGGGAUAGUGCGAUUGAGGAUGCGAGGUUGAGGGAGGAAUGAGAUGGGAGGAAGGGAGGGGAAGCAUGGGUGUGCGGAAAAGGAGGUCGCAUUUGCGCGAAAUCGAUAUAGAUUGCGAGUAGCCAGUAGACGGCUUUGGUCACAAAAGGAAAACGGCGAUACUGCGGAGUCAGCGAAUCGCAGAUACAUGGCGUAUUAAUCUAAUGUCUGGUUGGACGAUUAUGAUGGUUCCAUGCUUUCACCAUACUAUAUAGGCGAUGUACUCUUAACGUGAGCUUGAUUCAGUACACCAGUUGUUGGGGAUGUACUGGAAAUAGGCGGAUGGC